UUUGAAGUGAGACAUUUGCCGUGAUGUGUUUAUUACUGACAGUGAAGGAAGGCAGGUGAGGGGGGUGGAGGGUGGAGGUGUGCAGAUCUGAUUUACAGGGAAACAAUCCAAAUAAAUCACCCACCAUUCUUUCCACUCAACGUCUCGUGCUUUUCUCUUUUCUUCUUUUUUUAUUACAUUUUUAAAAAUUUAUUUAGGUGGUAAAACAUUUUUUGAUAAUUAACCCGCAGGGCAACCUGUAUACAGGAGGAAAUGAAAAAAAUAAAUAAAUAAACACAGACACGCGCGCGCGCGCACGCACACGCACGCACACACACACACACACACACACACACACACACACACACACACACACACACGCACACACAGACUCCAACUGCAACAGAGUGGCGUUGUUGCGCCGGGGCUGGAGAAAAUACCGGAGAUGUGUGCUGUCCUUUUUUCCUGUCAGCAGCCAGAGGAGGGAAAAUGCUCCGAAAGCCACACACACUCUGACCGGCGAGAGACGCUCCGCCGCGGGGAUUUUGACGGGGAUACAGGCGCUGCAGUGGCGGCGAGAAUGUAAAGAAUUGACGCCUCUGUUUGCCUCUUUUUUUCCUUCCUUCCUUCCUUUCUUCCUCCGGAGCGCAAGCGGGAAAUUCCUCUGUAGUGCCAAAAAAGCCGAAGCUGUGCGUGCGUGGAGAGAGACAGAAGGACGAGGAGGGGAGAGACGGCGGUGAUCUGAGAGGCAUCCACCCCGGGUUCCCCCCUCACUCCGCUCGGCAUGCCUCUGCUGCUGCUGCUGCAGCCCCGUCCCUGCCUUCGCCUCCACCACCCGUUGUUUCCACGCUCCUGAGCGGCGGCGGGGAGAGAGAGAGAGACAAGCAUUAGACGCACGCGCAAUCGCGCACGGCUGCUGACACCACACAUACACACAGUCACACGUUCUCUCUCUCACUCACACACACAGAUACACACACACAUACACACACGGACAUGGCUUUGUCUUAACACACCGACCAUGACGCAUUGCUGUCAGGGCGCAGCGCACCGCCGCCGCUCCGCGUCCACAAAAAUCUGAGAAGAGGGAAAAAAAGAAAAGAAAAGAGAGAAAGUAAGAAAUCAAAUAAUUGUUGUAGGAAGAUGGCGCCCACCAAGCCGAGCAUCCAGCAGGACCCGACGCGGAGAGAACGUGACCCCUACUGGGAGCGGCCAGCUAAUGCAGGCAGCUGCUCCGCCGCCCGGCCCAAGACCCUUCACCUGGCCGGCCAGCAGCAUACCUCCUCACCAUGGCUGCAGGCUCUGAGGAAGGAGAAGUCACGGGACGCGGCAAGGUCGCGUCGGGGAAAAGAGAACUUUGAGUUUUAUGAACUGGCCAAGAUGCUGCCACUGCCAGGUGCCAUCACCAGCCAGCUGGACAAGGCCUCCAUCAUCCGGCUCACCAUCAGCUAUCUGAAGAUGAGGGAUUUCGCCAACCAGGGAGACCCACCGUGGAACCUGAGAAUUGAGGGACCUCCGCCCAACACCUCGGUCAAAGCUAUCGGUACCCAGCGGAGGAGAAGUCCCAGCGCCAUUGCCUCUGAGAUCUUCGAACCUCACCUAGGAAGCCACAUUUUACAGUCUCUGGAUGGGUUUGUAUUUGCACUAAACAAAGAGGGGCGCUUCCUCUACAUCUCUGAGACGGUUUCCAUCUACCUGGGAUUGUCACAGGUGGAGCUCACUGGUAGCAGUGUGUUUGACUACAUCCACCCUGGCGAUCAUGUGGAGAUGGCAGAGCAGCUUGGGAUGAAACUUCCUCCAGGCCGAGGGAUGUCUCUAUCCCAGGGAGCAGUCAACGAAGACGGGGCUUCUUCGGCUUCUUCAUCGUCACACUCUGAGACGCCCGAACCAGUCGAAUCCAGCAGUCCCAGUCUUCUGGCUCCUGAUAACUCCCUGGAACGUUCCUUCUUCAUCCGGAUGAAAUCUACACUCACAAAGAGAGGCGUGCACAUCAAGUCCUCAGGAUAUAAGGUGAUCCACGUCACAGGGCGCCUGCGGAUCAGGAUGGCUCUGACGCACAGCCGCUCAGUGCCCAAUCAGAUCAUGGGGAUGGUGGCGGUGGCUCACGCUCUCCCGCCGCCAACAAUCAACGAGGUUCGCAUCGACUGCCAAAUGUUCGUGACCCGAGUCAACAUGGACCUAAAGAUUGUCUACUGUGAGAACAGAAUCAGUGACUACAUGGACCUGACUCCAGUGGAUAUUGUGGGGAAGAGGUGCUACCAGUUUAUUCAUGCUGAAGAUGUGGAGGGGAUCAGACAGAGUCACCUUGACUUGAUGAAUAAAGGCCAGUGUGUGACAAAGUAUUACCGGUGGAUCCAGAAGAAUGGUGGUUACAUCUGGAUCCAGUCCAGUGCCACCAUCGCUGUCAAUGUGAAGAACGCCAGCGAGAAGAACAUCAUCUGGGUCAACUACGUUCUCAGUAAUCCAGAGUAUAAAGACACACCCAUGGACAUUGCCCAGCUGCCAAACCUGCCUGAGAAAGCUUCAGAGUCCUCUGAAACUUCAGACUCUGAGUCCGAGUCCAAAGAAAACUCAGACAACGAGAACACCAAGGCAGAGGAGAAGCCCGGCCACCAAACAGAACACAGUGAGGACCCAGAGACAGACAGCAAACGUCAGCAGCAACCCGGCCAGUCACACUGUUCAUCUGAACAGGAAAUGAAGCGCCAAGAAGAAGGAGAUAGCUCAAGUAACCCUGAGAGCCAGGACAGUGAUGACAGUCUGGAACCUUCAGAUGGAGAGGGUGAGGAGCAAGAAGAGGCUGGCAGAGGAGGUGGAGGGGGAGGGGGAGGUGGAGGUGGAGGCAGGUUGGGAAGGUUAGCAGGGCUUGGAGGAUUAGGGAGUCUGGGUGCCAUCGGUGGACUGGGUAACCUAGGUGGGCUUCAUAUUAAAGUAGAGCACUACGGAGAAGGGGAAGACGUACAGCUGCGUAGCUCCCAAACGUCUUCAUCAGAAGAGGAAGAAGAAGAAGAGGAGGAUGAAGAAGAUGGCGAGGAUGACAAUGGGUGCGUGCAAGAUUGUGACAGUGUCAAUGCUGGUAGCAAGCUGCAGAAAAGGCGAAAGAGGAGGAAAGUGCAGAAAUGGGAUGGCUCACGAAGCAGGAGGCUUCGUCUGUCUUCAACUACACCCAGUCCCAUAGCAAUAGGCGAUACCACUCCGCUAGUCGACCCCUCCCAAGCCACAACCGCAACCUCCACCCAUCUCUUAGCCUCAUCUGGCUCCCCAAACAGUGCAAAUGCAGCAUCCUCAGUUCUGAAGAUUAAGACAGAGAUGGCAGAACCAAUAAACUUUGACAACGACAGCAGCAUCUGGAACUACCCUCCCAACAGGGAAAUUUCCAGAAACGAGUCUCCAUACAGCAUGACCUCCAAGCCAUCUGCUCCAGGGAGCCACGAGACCUUCCCCUCACCACAGGGAGGAUCUCUCCAGGUAGCCAUUCCUGACUCUGUCCUCACCCCUCCUGGAACUGAGGGAGGAGCAGGAGGAGUGAGGAAACCCCCUUACAAUGGAAGCUCAGCCCCAUCCUCUGCCUCCAGCGCUGUAAGCUUAGCUCCUCCUUCCAGCGCCUCCUCUGCCGACCCCCUAUCCCCUCCACUUUCUGCAUCCCCACGGGACAAGCAACAAGGCACUCCCACCACCUCUUCUUCCUCAUCUUCUUCUUCAUCCUCCUCAACCUCUUCUUCUUCACUGCUGUACUCUGGGGACCUUGAAGCACUUCAGCGCCUGCAAGCUGGUAAUGUGGUGCUUCCGCUGGUCCACAGAGUCACAGGUACUCUGGCCUCCACCAGCACGACAGCUCCACGGGUCUACACCACUGGGACCAUCAGGUACGCGCCAGCGGACGUAACUCUGGCUAUGGCACAAGGCAACCUCCUCCCUAAUGCUGCCAUGAACUUUGUUGACGGCUCAGGGUUCGGCCUGGACCCUAAGACACCCAUGGAGAUGCUCUACCAUCAUGUCCACAGGCUCAACAUGUCUGCUGCGGCAGCUGCUGGCCCCUUUGUCGGAUCUCCUACUGCCACAGGUGGGAACGGUGCCCUUGGAGGUCAGAUGCCAACAACAGCCAAUGUUUUCACCACAGCAGAAGGACUGUUCUCAACGCUACCAUUCCCAGUGUACAGCAACGGGAUCCAUACCACGCAGACAACACUGGAGAGGAAGGAGGAUUAGCAGAAAGUAUCCAAGACCGCAUUACUGUGUUUUCGGAAUCAACAACUGUGUCAAAGACUGCUCACUAGUAAAUAAAAAUGAAAGACUAUUUACUUGUUUUAUCAACACGGUUUAGCACUGUGUUUCCGAGAGAAGAGAAAGGAAAGGGAAGGAUGACAGAUGUACUCUAGCACUUUGAAUCUCAGAAACUGAGCUUGCGUAAUAGACGUGACCCUCAAACUUGUCCCCCUUUUCUAUCUGUUUUCUCUCUCCUCCUCAUCCUCUUCUCCUCUCUCAGUCUCUCGCUUUGCUCCCGUUUCUUGCGAUCAGCAACUCUUUUCUCUUGAACAAACAAAAACCAGACUAUUCUUUAUUGUAAAGAACCCCUUUUUUGCCUACAGAGAAUUCAUAUUGCCUAAGGACUCAGUUGGAGCCUGAUGGGGAUAAUUUUUAUUAUUUGACUUGUUUCUGUUGCAUCUUUAUAAAGAUGUGGAUUGUGUGUAUUUAAAGGAGGACGGUACAGGGAUUUGUAACAGACAGAGAACUCUAUGUGGCGUUCCUUCUUAUGUAUCUUGAUGUGAUCAAGGCUUGAAAAGAACGUUUUUAAACCGAGAGGAGGGUGCUCUCUUGCGCCCCACAAAGGUCUCAGAGAUAAUCUUUUGAAAAAAGGUUUUUUGAGAAAGUUUCUCAAUUGAGGGAAUAGUUUAGUGAAUUAAUGCUGUU